AUGAUCUCAGGAAACAAAUUAAAAUCAUAUGUAGGUAAAGAAAACGGGGUCGUUCGCUGGAAGUACUUUGGAUGUGAGAUCGAAAAGUUUAUUCAAAUCUCGGAAGGCAAUUUAGAAAAACUCCUAAACGAUCCUGAAUGUGUGCACGAAAAUGUAGUUUAUUUCAUCUGUGAAUGUCUUAAAAACACUUGCGCACAGGCACAAGCCAGAAAUCUUGAUACGACACUCAUUCACGACAGCAGUUUUAUCGAUCAAUUUAAUGCCAAGAUUAAACCCUUUUUGGCCACAGCUGCUACAUUGAAUUGGACCCCGUGGUAUAAUCACGAAACUGAUUCUAUUCAUCUGUACCAAUUUUCGAUAUCUCCUGGGUACGCUGAGAAAGAAAUUCGAAUAUCCAAAACGUCUAAAUGGACAUUUUACACGUAUGGAGUUGAGAGAGAGAAGAGUAAUAUUCAUGUGUUCAAAAACGUUUCCGAGACUCUCAAUAGUGUGAAAUCUCUAGUAGAUCUGCUCAACAGUUUAAAAACCUUGAAGUUAUGCGACGGUUGUGGAACAACUGAAACCUGUAAGGAGUUAAACGUAGAUAACGAAAAUGGUAUAAGUUACCGGAGAAGGAAUGGACAAGAAGGUAUAUCAGUAGAAAACGGAGCCAUGCGGUCAACGGAUUGUGCAAUCCUUGUUGCCAGCACUUCACCUUCGUGUCAAUCUUGUCAGAAAGCCAAGCACUAUCUAAGAACGCUGCGAAGUCGAAAAACUGUUGCAGAAAGUAAAACAGACGUGAAAGCGCCAGAAAGGACCAGGUACGACUACAAAACCAAAAGUGAACUGGUACAAAUUGCGCGUGACUCGGCAAAAACAGUAAAGAUGCUGAAAACGAAAAAUCAAAGAUUAGAAGAAUCCAGAAAUAACUUGGUAAGAGUGGGGCCAAAUUCAGACAAAGAUUUGAAAAUUAUGUUCGAGGAUUUACAUGCAGGAUUGGAGAAGAAUCGCGAGAAAAUGUCGAACCCUUUGUGUCAAUGGAAACAUUGCGAAUCUCCAACAUUCGAAAAUGUCGAAGAGUUAUAUAUACAUUGCAAAACACAUAUAGAACGCUUAGACACCAGUGAGAUUGCUCCCAUUAACCGGCAAUAUUGCUGUCACUGGAAGGAUUGUUCGAAGCGUUAUUCUAAAUUAAAACUUUUGGAAAACCAUCUCAGGGAACAUACCGGCAAUUUACAAGACUCGUUUCUUGAAGUUCUUUUGCGUGACCAAGCGACAGCGAUAAAUACAGAGGCAAAGCAAAUGAGGUGGCAUCCGUUGGUCAUUAGAUGGUGCCUUCGAAUUUAUAUCAAGUCACACAAAUUGUAUGACGAUCUGCGAAAUAGUGGUGGACUUAAGUUGCCAAGUGGUAGAACACUUUCGGACUACAAAAAUUUUUGUUCCCCAGAGUCAGGAUGGCAAACAAAGAAUCUUCACAAAAUGAGAGAAGAAUUCGACAGAAUGAAACCACCAAAGCAUGCUAGCCUGGGUGGCUUAAUUUUCGAUGAAGUCAAGAUAAACGAGGGCCUCGUAUUCGACCACAAGAAUUGGGAGUUGAUUGGCUUCACGGAUUUAAUGGAGGACGAUGCAACGGAAGAGAACCAUGGACCACAAAACCUCGCAACCCACAUCUUACAGUUCUUUUAUCGUAGUAUUUUCUUCAAGUUCGAUUAUCCAUGCGCAUUUUUCUUAACUAGAACUACAACAUCUUUACAGUUGAACAGACUAUUCUGGCUUGGCAUCAGUAUGCUACACAACUACGGAUUUGAAGUCAUACUCUCGUGCUGCGAUGGUGCCUCAUCGAAUCGGUCAUUCAUAAUGAUGAAUACUGGAGAUACAAAUACAAGCUCGUGCCACAACAGAUUUUCUGGAAUGCCAUUAUUUUUCUUCUCUGACCCCCCACAUCUUGUCAAGAAGCUGCGAAACAACAUUCACAGCAGUGGUCAUAAGGAAAACCACCAACGCUAUACGCGGACCUUGUUUUUUAAAGGAAAACACAUUCUUUGGGAUCAUGUGUAUGCAGUGUACACGAGAGAAUGUCGAAGACACCUCUAUGUAACAGAUCUCAGGAGAGUGCACGUCAGUCUUGACAGUGUUACCAAAAUGAGAGUUAAACUUGCUGUGCAAACCUUGUCAACUAAAGUUGUUAAAGAAAUGGAAGAAUGUGAAAACGAAAUAACCGAACAGACACGACAAUAUUUACGGUUUUCUGAAGUAUUCUGGAACAUCUUUAAUAACCCCAAACCUAUUACAGAUAUGUCGGAUAGUCGUAUGGCAGAGCUGGACGCCGUUAUACAAUAUUUUCGUGAAUGGGAAACUUGGCUAUCUCAACAAUACAGCAAGAAUGCGGACCGAGCAAAACACUUUAUUUCUUGGCAAACGAAGUUCGAUUUGGAGGUAAGUUUUAACGCUUAAAUUAGAACCAGUACAUAUAUUAUCCCAGCUAGACAUUCCGCUCGUAAUAUAUACUCCUGCAUAUUCCCAUAACACUCUGUUUCAGCCAGGUAAAUAUACCUUUAGGUUUUACUAGUUUUCCGGCGGUGAAACGUCCCGUCCCAACAAGACGGGAUCAUAUAAACAGAUCCUUAAAGUAAAUGGAUGAACCGAGAAUAUUUUGAAGUUAGCCAACUAAUAUCGCGUUUGCGAGUUUUCUUUGGGAGUUGUUACAUGAGGUUCAUUAAAUCACUAUAAUACACCCCAAUCGAGGUGGUAUUAGAACUGAUUCGACCGCAGUUGACGUCAAACUCGCAAAACGUGAUAUUACAAGGUAAUAUCAUGAAAUGAGGUGUAUUAGCUGUUAAGCCGCCCACUCGAUUCGGCCUCGGGUCAUGGGCCAGAGGGAAUUUAACUAAAUGACCCUCAUCCAGCGGGUGGUUUAACAGCUAGUACACCUCAUUUUAUGAUACUACUUAUAAUUAUAUACUGUACAUAAUAAAUGUUUAACUACGUUGUUUUUAAGGUAACAGUCCGUGCUCUAAAUGAAUUGCUUAAAUUCAUGAAGACUGACGGCUUUGUUACGGAGUACGGAAGUAACCUAUACCUUAACUUGAAGAAGAUAAGCCAGGAUCAUGUGGAAUCCUAUUUUUCUGCGCAAAGGCAAAUGUGUGGUGGAACGCAGAAUAUGACUGGAUACACAUACGGAUACAAUAUAAACAGUUUGACCACUCUUCGCUCUUCCCGACUGCUGAUGAAAAAGCAGACAAAUGUGUAUGAAGUAUCCGAAUACCUUCCUUAUCUAACUAAUACAGAACAACUACCAAAACGACAAGCUAAUGACUCUAUUUGGGACACUGUUCAAUGGUUUAUGGAAAUUUAA